AUCCAUUCUUCUACAGAAACAUGAUCUUGUUUAUGUCUUUCCAGUUCAGAUCUUGAACAUCUGCUCUCUUAAGAACGGUCUGAGCCGCUUUAUUGCUCGGUUGGCGCAGUUAUAAUAAUUAAAGGCGUCAUCUUGAAUGUAAAAUGCGCCUCACAAUAAACGGAGUGGGCGUGGUCAAGUGGGCGGGACUUCCUGCCGGGAAUGUACACGAGGUUCCGUGAGCCGUGCGCGUGUUUCUCUGACAGUAGAGGCCUUUAAGCCACGCCCACACAGCGCGUUUCCCCGCUUUUAACACACCCCGAAUCCACAGGACGCGAGACCAACCGACGGAAUCCGUCACACAUCGGUGCCAGCGCUCCCGGAAUACCUUCAACCGCAUCUGAUACGGGUCAUGACGCUGGAAGCGAUCCGGUACCGGUCCGGGUCUCUGCAGAUCCUCAACCAGCUGCUGCUGCCGCACGACACCGUGUACGACGAGGUCCGUUCGGUGCAGGACGGCUAUAAGGCCAUCAAGAGUAUGAAGGUGCGCGGCGCUCCUGCUAUCGCCAUCGUGGGGUGCCUGAGUCUGGCGGUGGAGCUGCGGGCCGGCGCUGGGGGCGAAGACCUCGUGUCGUUCAUCAGGGAUUGUCUAUGUCACCUGACAUCCGCGCGACCUACGGCGGUCAACAUGGGCCGAGCCGCCCGCGAGCUGAUGGAGUUCACGGAGAAUGAGAGCAUGGAGAAAAACACAGAACAACUGAGAGAGAGUGUGAUUGGCUGGAUUGAGGAGAUGUUGGAGCGAGACGUGAACGACAACAAAAAAAUCGGCAACUACGGCGCCCAGCACAUCCUGUCUGGCGUUCCACGAGAUUCCAUUACAAUCCUCACGCACUGUAACACCGGGAGCCUCGCCACGGCCGGAUACGGCACCGCUCUCGGAGUGGUGCGGUCGCUGCACACUCUGGGUCGUUUGAAGCGCUUGUACUGUACAGAAACCAGGCCCUAUAACCAGGGGGCCAGACUGACGGCGUACGAGGCCGUCGCCGAGGGCUUCCCGGCCACCCUCAUCACAGACAGCAUGGCAGCGUUUGCCAUGAGAGAGAAGGGAAUCACAGCUGUCGUCGUCGGAGCGGACAGGGUUGUUGCCAAUGGUGACACGGCAAACAAAGUGGGCACAUAUCAGCUGGCAAUCGCUGCAAAGCAUCACGGGAUCCCGUUUUAUGUGGCGGCGCCCAGCACGUCCUGUGAUCUGAGUUUGGAGAGCGGCCGUGACAUUGUGAUUGAGGAACGCCCACCUGAGGAGCUCACCAGCAUCAACGGCAUACCUGUAGCUGCACCUGGUAUUGAGGUGUGGAACCCAUCGUUUGACGUCACUCCUCACCAGCUCAUCACGGGUGGCAUCAUCACCGAGCUCGGUGUGUUCCUCCCAUCUGAACUCCAGGCCGCUCUGACGGGCAGACUCACGGCUCUGUAAGGCCACAGCGCCCCAGCUGGCACGGGUGUAUCAUUGCACCUUCACCACCUCACAGCUCUCUCGUAAUGUUUCACCUCACUCUGGUGGAAGUCGCACCUUUAAUCACAUGCACAAGCGCCAGCACGGAAGUGUUAACGUUAACAAUACACACUCGAUUCAGUUCAGCACUUAUGAAGUGGAUUAUCACCGUGUUACACACACACAUUGUACAACCCAGGGAUGCUUGUAAACACACACACACACACACACACACACACUUCUCUCUGUCUGUAAAGCUCAUGUGAUGUCAUCUCAUGCGUUGGCCUGAAUUGUUGUGAUUCGAUUGUUGUUCUCUCUCUUUAUCGCUAUCUUCCCCUCUUUCUGGCUUGGCUCCAGUUUUUAAUGGAAAGUGUUUCACUGUUGGUGGAACUGCAUCAUGAAAGUAAAUACAGCUUUCUAUACAACUUCAGCUUUAUUGGCAGCAUUUGUGGCAUAAUGACAUUCAUUUUGACUCGUCCCUCAUUUUUUUAAUAUAUAUAUCCCCUUUUCUAUCCAAUUUGGAAUGCCCAAUUCCCACUACUUAGUACGUCCUCAUGGUGGCACGGUUACUCGCCUCAAUUCGGGUGGCGGAGGACGAGUCUCCGUUGCGUCCGCUUCUGAGACGGUCAAUCUGCGCAUCUGAUCAUGUGACUCGUUGUGCAUGACACCGCGGAGACUCACAGCAUGUGGAUGACUCAUGCUACUCUCCACGAUCCACACACAACUCACCACACGCCCCAUUGAGAGAACCACUAAUCACCACCACGAGGAGGUUACCCCAUGUGUCUCUACCCUCCCUAGCAACCGGGACAAUUUGGUUGCUUAGGAGACCUGGCUGGAGUCACUCAGCACACCCUGGAUUCAAACUCGCGACUCCAGGUGUGCUAGUCAGCGUCAACACUCGCUGAGCGACCCAGACCCCCUUGUCCCUCAUUCUUUAUAUAAAGCAAAAAUAGCAAUUACAGUGCUGCACUUGGAAUGGAAGUCUAUGAGGAGUGUUUCGGAGGAUUUAAAUACAGAAAUAUAAAGGAUUGAAGCGUUCAUGUGAGUGCUUUAACCAAAAUAUCUGUUAUUUGAGCCGCAGAAGUGUCUAAAUUGUCCUUUGUAGCAGUGGGACUACUUUUAUCAGCCACAUUAUUCUUGUGUUUGUAUUUUUUGAUGUUGUUCAUGUAAUAAAGAAAAACAAUUUAUGAGUUAAUUUUCCGUUGUAUUCAACAUUAUGCCAUAAAUUCUGUUGAUAUCGCGUAAACAUUGUUCAACAUUGAAUUAUAUAAACAAAGUCUUUGGUUUGAACACAGGGCAGAGGGUUCAUUAGUUAUCAAAUUAAAUAUAACUUUAGGAAAAUAAUGUAAAUGAAGAAAUCUUGGCUUGUUUUAAAUUAGCGCUGCCCCUCACUGUACAUAUGUACACUUUAGCAUGUUAGCAUAAUGCUAGCAGUUGUGUUAGCAUAACUGAUCUGAGCACCAAUCCUUUCACAGGACGUCCUGUGGAUGAAUAUAUAACACAAUACUGAAGUCACAAUGUUAUAUUAACAUUUACAGAGUUUUAAACCCCACAGACGAAACUUACGGAGAUGCAGAAUUGGACACUUGAAAUGCAGAUUUUUGGAUCUUUGAUUGAAUCUCACGAAAUAUUUUGGGUCAUAUUUCAGCACAAAAUAACUAAUAAAAUGUAUUAUGUGGUAACUGUACAAGAUUAGUUAAUAACAGUCAAUAAAAUGUUUACGGCAUGUUUAACGUUCUUAUUUUGAUUUAUUAUUUAACGUAUUGUGAACCAACAAUUGUAUUUCAAUAAAAUAUCAUCGUCACACUUUACGUUAAUAAUAGUAAAUGCAUUCAAUAAAGUUAA